AUGAAAACUUCUAUAUUCAUCGCUUUACCCUUGUUCUUUACAACCACCACUGCCUAUUUCCUAACGUCAAAUCGUAUAGACGCGGAACGGGAUCGCUUUGUAACCGUCCAAGAAUAUUACAAUCAAAUAAAAUGCACAAAGGGAUGUGAACAAAGCUGCUAUAAUUUCAUGGCCUAUCGCUGGGAUGAAAUGUCGGCAAACUGCUAUGAAUGCAUUGGGAAUUGCUCGGCCAAGCUGGCGCCAACUACACUAUCUUUUAAAACGCCUUCAAUGCUAUUGGACGCAUCGGUGUGUUGCCCUUCCUAUGAUACGUAUCAUGCUACCGUAGCGGUGAAGUUUGAAGUUGCCAAUCAGCAUAUAUUAAAAGAAUCCUAUGUCGUAUGGGAGUACAGAAUGUCGAGAGGGAUUGACGACUUUGCACCAUCGCCUUGGAUGACAAUUUUGCAAACCCGGGCUAGCCAAGCUACCAUCGAGGGCUUACUAAAAGAAAUCUCCUAUCAAUUCCGUGCAAAUCUUAUUGACGGUAUCAACCCGGCUGAGCGACUUCUUACAAAUUGGAUUGAUAUUGAGGACCCGCCAAUGCCUUAUUUUGGAGAACUGGUGGGUUUA